CACGCGGAGAAGAGACCGUCUGAGGAACAUAUAGUCGAUCGAGCCCGAACGAAUCAAGCAAAAGAGGGAAUUCGGUGGGCUCGCGGUCGUAAAGAGCCCUCGAGGGAUUACCGACACUUUUUGAUCGAUUUUGCACGAGUGGUUUGGAUCGGAGGCGGACCAAUUCGGGGAUAAGCAGAGAUGUUUUUGGUGGAUUGGUUCUAUGGAGUGCUGGCGUCGCUGGGACUGUGGCAGAAGGAGGCGAAGAUUCUGUUCUUGGGUCUCGACAACGCCGGGAAAACCACGCUGCUUCAUAUGCUUAAAGACGAGAGAUUGGUGCAACACCAGCCAACUCAGUAUCCGACUUCGGAGGAGCUGAGUAUUGGGAAGAUCAAGUUCAAGGCUUUUGAUUUGGGAGGUCAUCAGAUUGCCCGCAGGGUUUGGAAAGAUUAUUACGCCAAGGUUGAUGCAGUUGUUUACUUAGUGGAUGCUUACGACAAGGAGAGGUUUGCUGAGUCAAAGAAGGAGCUCGAUGCCCUCCUCUCAGACGAAUCCUUGGCCACUGUACCAUUCUUGAUUUUGGGCAACAAGAUUGAUAUUCCUUAUGCGGCAUCUGAGGAGGAGCUGCGCUUUCACAUGGGAUUAAUGGGCAUCACCACUGGCAAAGGAAGAGUCAACCUAGCAGACUCAAACGUCCGUCCAAUCGAGGUGUUCAUGUGCAGCAUCGUCCGCAAAAUGGGCUAUGGCGAUGGCUUCAAGUGGGUUUCACAAUAUAUCAAGUAAACUGCUAUCCAAUAAUGAUUUUUAUAUGUUUAUAUUGCUGCCUGCAACUCUUGCCUGUUUGAAAACACUUGUGGAUUAGCAUCUCUUGUUAUUGAACUGCAGCCUUAGGCUUCAUCCUAUGUGUAUCUCAUGGAGAGUUUUGAUUGAAUCAUCGGAAAUCACAAUUUGUCAUAAUGAUCGAUUCAUUCCUUGAUAAUCAUAUACAUUGAUUGUUUUA